AUGGAGGCAACUGCAAUGUCAUUGGCAGAUGUCCAGCAGCGGCUUGUCCUGACGAAGAUCGAGAAAUCUGCCGCAGAAUCCAACACCCUUCGAAUGAGGAGGGUCAUCCAGCGCUGCUGCCACGUCCAAGCAAGCCGGGUUGACUUGACCGGGUCGAUGCGGCGAGGGACGGCUGUGUCGGGGGGCGAGUUUGACGUGAACAUGCGGGUGGAACUUCGAGAACAGGACUGGGGGUCUCUGAAUCUCCUGAAGCAGCAGGCCAGGCUUCAACUAUCAUCCGAAGGAGUUCGUGUCCUCCAGGAAGGUCAGCACAUUUUGAAGUUGAUUGUGAUCGUCGGAGCUGUGAAGCUUCCCGUAGACCUCGUGUUCACCUCUGCGAAGAGUGCCGGCAGCAAGCAGCAACUUGAGAGUUCACACUUCGACGCCGACCAGGCCAAGUGGAACGACCACACCCUGGCUUUCCGUGCCUACUACAGCCUUCAAAACGACGACAAGCUGGUUGCAGAGUAUGAAAGACUCUCCGCAGAAGGGCACCACAUAAGGGAGCUCAUCCUGCUGACCAAGUUCUGGAAGAAACAGAUGCUGGAGAAGCUUGAGAAAGCCGGGGCGACCCAAGAUGCCAAUCGUCUCAGAUGGGUGAAGUCUAUGCAUCUUGAGCUGGCUUGCUUGGCAGCUACUCAGGAAUUGGCGAAGGGCCAAGGCUUUCACAUGUCGUUCGGCCGAGUGCUCACAUUACUGGCUCGAGGAUUGAAUAACUCUGACCUGGCAGGGCAACUCUUCAUGGAGCAGUCCUACCUUGGCCUCAGGGAAGCAGAGCGGAACUUGCUGAAGGCCCAGGCAAGGAACAGCCUUCGCAAGACGGGCUUCAUGUGCCCAGGCAAGGACGACUCGCAGGAUUUGUUCCUCUUCCUCCGUCCCAGCGAGAUCCGCUUCACACAGCAGAAAUGCAGCCCAACCUUCAGUGACCGCCACGGCCACGGAGAUGUGUCUAUCGGUGAAACAGCGAAGCGCAUCCUCUCAGGUGAGAUUCACAAGAAAGACACCCCCAUGAUACGGAUUGUGGAAGAUGACAGUGCGGGCGGAAAGGUGUACUCCGUGGACAAUCGUCGGCUGGCAGUCUUCCGGCUGUUGGAGAUGACCGGUCAUGCCAAGGUGGUGAAGGUACAAGUUCUCGCUAUGGGGGACCUGCACAAGGGCGAGUGGAAAAAGAAACACAGCACCAAGACCGACGGCUGGGUCAUCACGGUGUCUGGUCCUGAGGGCUACGCCAUCGGCAGGGACCGUCAGUCCACCACGUACCCGCUUCCGGUGGGUUCUUUCAGCCAGUCACUGUCCAACACUUCUCUUUCGUUAGACGAGUUGGAGUCGGAUGAUGAGAGUGCGAGCCUUCCAUCGAAUGACACGCGAAGCAAUAUUAAGGUGGACAAUGCUGGGGCAACCCGGGCUAACGCUGACCACAGCAAGCCGCUUGCAACUGGAGCCGAGCGGAUUGUGUACAAGGCAGUGUACAUCGAUGGCAGCCGCAAAGGAGAUAGCUGUGUGAAGAAAGUCUUCAAGACAGGCGCCGUCUACCGUGACGACGCCUUCGCCAAAGACCUGGAGGUUGUAGCCCGGGCACAGACUUUUCUGUCCAAGUUUGGAGAGGAUUUACAUGUCAGAAAGAAACUUCGACAUCAGCUUCAUUUGAAUAGGCCAUCAGUAUGGACCCAUCUGUCCGAGAGUGAUCCUCACAAGAGUUUGAUUGAACCUUACAUAGAGGGUGAGUACAAAAACUUCAACAGCAACACCGGCUGGUAA